CGCCCUCGGCCGCCGGACGCCUCGGUCCCCGCGCAGCGCCGGUGCAGGCCAUGGAGUGUGAGGCCGAGGCGAGGCCCCCCCCCGCGUGCCCGUCCCCCUGCGCGCCCCGAGCAGGCAGCGACGCGGGAGAUGCAGGUGCAAACGACAGGCGCUUCCGUGUGGGCAGCGGCGGCUGCAGUCCAGGCCAUGGGCAAGACGGUGGAUGCCCACAGCGUGCGCUUGAUGCGCCUGGAGGGCAGGAUGGGGGCAGCAGAGAAGAAGCUGGUGGGCUGCCAGAAGACCACAGCGGAAGUGGAGAGCCAGCUGGAGAGCAGGUGGGCCGCCCUGGGGACCCUGAUCGAGGAGUACGGGCAGCUGCAGAGGAGGCUGGAGAAUGUGGAGAACCUGCUGAAGAACCGGAACUUCUGGAUCCUGCGGUUCCCCCCCAGCGCUAAGGGGGAGACACCCAAGGUUCCAGUGACAUUUGAUGACCUUUCAGUGCACUUUAACGAGCAGGAAUGGCAGAACCUGGACGAGCUGCAGAAGGAGCUGUACAAGACCGUCAUGAGAAGCAACUAUGAGCUGCUGGUCUCGCUGGACUAUGUGGUGGCCAAGCCCGAGAUCCUGACCCGGAUUGAACAAGGGCGGGAACUGUGUGAGAAGGUGCCUGGGGAUUCCGAACGGAGCAGCGUCUGUGGACCCCUCGAUGCAGCGCCCCCUGCUGCCCCAGUAGAUGUUUCUUUGUGGCUGAAACAAGAAGCGGGUGGACCACCGAAAGGGGACAUGAAGCCCCCUGAAGAGAAGAGGGGCAGCUGUCACGUGCGUUCCCCGCUGGGCGUCGUGGGAGCAUCCCCGUGGGUCAAAGAGGAAGUGGAAGAGGUGCGUGUCGGGCCAGGAGGCUCCCGCGAAGAGGAGACCGGCCACGAGGCUCACCUGGCGUGUCAGAGUGUCGCAGUCAGCGAAGGACACGUCCUGGGACGUCAGGAGGGCCCCCGUGUGCAGGAGCCCGGGUUCCUUGGCGAAGGCCCCAGUUCUGGUCCAGCCCCCUUUCCGAGUUGGGCGGCCGCUGAUGGUGACGUGGAGCAUGCACUGCGUGAGCAACACCGAGGGCGAUUUUACGACAUGAUGGAGGAGAUCCUGUCCACCAAACGGGAGGACAACAACAGCUACAUCAACCGCCAGCGAUACAGGACGUUGAUCGAAGAAGUCAAAGAGGCAAAGCGGCUGCGCAGCAAAAAGGGCAAGCAUUACCGCCGGCUGCGGCGCUUCAACGUCCUCACCGUCGGGGCAGAAGAGAAGCUGGUGGCGCCCGUCUCGCCCGGGCAUCCCGAGGUGGUGCACUUCGUCCAGUACGAGGACCUCUUUGACAUCCUGCACGCGGCGCACGCGUCCAUCGGCCACGGAGGCCGGACCAGGAUGCUGAAGGAGCUGAGCCGCACGUACAAGAACGUCACCGCCGAAGCGGUCAUGACUUACCUGCGGCUGUGCGAGCUGUGCCAGAAGAAGCAGGGCGGGCCCAGAAAGGGCUUGGCCGCACGGCCGGCCUGGCACACCGACCCCGAGCCCCGCUGCCCGUUUGGCAUGGUGCGCAUGUAGCCCGUGAGGCGGGAACCCGCAGUCCGCGGCACCGCCCCAGGGUCACGCUGGACUCCCCCUUCCACUCAGGCCCCGGCCGUCGGUCAGGCUAGCGGCGUUGCUGGAGUGUCUUCUCUGUUGUUCCGUGUUUCUCGCACCAGCGCAGCUGCAGAGAACGUGCAGGUCAAAUAAGCAAGGGGGGAAGUCCUCCCCAGAUGUGGGAUGGAGCUGCUGUCCGAGCCGAAGACCGGGCCCAGCCUGGUUCUGUCGGGUAGACAGACCGAGCCACGGCGGUCGGCUUGGGGUGCGGAGGCCUCCUGCCCCAGGCUCACCGCUGGACGGUGCCUGUUCAGGCUGUGAGGAGUCUGGCGGAUCGGGACCUUGUGAAAAUGCUGCCCGGCGGAAGCUGCCUUUGGACGCCGCAGAGUGGCCGGGCAUCCAAUGCGGAGGACUUGGGGGUCGUCAGCCGGUGAUGGAAAUCCAGGCGUGCUUGAGCCACACGCACUAAGAUAAUGAACCGAGCCUUGCGCAGGAAUAUCCACCCCCCACCCCCCAAGUUUUUGGGGAGGAAUCCCUCUCUGAAGCUGCUCAAGCGCUAGCAGGAGGUGGCCAUGCUGUUCUGCAGAGAUUCUGUCCCAGGCGCUCGUGUGUGCGCGCACGGGGGGAGGCGUGGGUGCCUCUGACGGGGUGUCCGUCUCCUGUGCGUCCAUCUUGAAGUGACUGAUGAGACCGCGGGAGUUAAGCCAAAGGUGCUUAUGGACCACCUCACGACAUCGCUCAGGGCAAAUGCAGCCACUUGUUCGAUCGUAUUUUGCAGCGCUGCAGAGCAGUCGCCCCCCCCCCCCCAAAAAAACCAGUCUUGUGACUUGCAAGGCCAUGGAGAAAGUGUCCGUGAAUAAUCCCACCCCACCCCAUUUUUCCUGGGCUAUCAGGAUUUGAGUACUGCAGAGCCUGAAACGAAAAUAUUUCACAGAAGUUAGACAGGAAAAGCCCUGCCCCACGUUUGGCCUGGGACUGCAGACUCCGACGACACCAACCCGCAAGCGCAGCAGCACGGAAGGUAAAUCCUAUGCAUUUUAUAGACGGAACAAGCCCCACGAUCCCAGCAUGUGCCCGGAUAUUUUUUUCUGCCAACAUGUAUUGGGUUGUGCCCUUCAUCUCACUAUUUUCCUGUAUUGUGCCCAGUAAAAGACCAUCAGAGGCGAGGGUUACCUCCAUCCCCUCGUUCAGACAAUUAGCAAGUGCAAAGCAGUCUUUCUGGGCAUUGUGGCCCUCCCGAAGGAAGCCCCCAAAACCCCAAAUCACAGGACGUCUGAAGUGCCAAGUGCAACUUUCCUAUUUUUAAACCUUUUAAGGAUUUGAUUUAGUUGACUUGGUAAAUGUUCUUAUAAUGUACUUUGAUUUUGUAAGCCAGGUAUUUAUUUGAUACUUUAUAUUAAAUACUAAUUGACAAUACUGUAUUUUUAUCCUUCGUUGGCUGCUUUGAUUUUGAAGAAAGUACGGCUUCAGUUUUUAAAUUUAAACAGAGGCUUAUGGUGCUGUAGCUAAAAUGACUGUCUGUGCAGCUCAGUCACUGAAAAUCCUACAGUUCUCCUGCUACUAAAACUCUAAUCCUCAGGCAGAGAAUAUAGGCUACUCCCAAAGUCAUUGGAUUGCUCCCAAGGAAUCUUUCAGUUCUCUCCACUGGUGACCAGAAAAUGCCAGAAAGCAGUCGAGAGCGAGGGAUUGCGUGGGUCUGUCUGCCGCGAGAGUCAGCCAUUGCUGUCACAAAUAAAUAUUAACUUGUCAUCUAGCUGUGUACCGUGUUUGUGAUGAAAACAAACCCGAAAUCCCUGAACAUCAAUGUAAACAUUAUCUGUACUUUUUAAAAGCUCUGUCCAUUGUUGUUAAAAGUGGAUUAUCUUGACCCCUGGUGACUUCAUUUAGUGUUAGGUGGGAUGUUAACAGAAAUCUUAUUAAAGUAAUUUUGUUUUUAGAAAAA